AAGCAUGAGACAAGAAAUAGCAGCUGUGCAGGUCUACCUGAAGAGGCUACUGAUAAUGGCCGGGAAGCUGGAAUCGCACAAGGUCGAGCUGUUUGUUGAGGGGCUAGGUGUUGCACUGUGUGAGAAGUUCAUAGGACACUGGUACCCCGAAAAUCCCAGCAAAGGACAGGCAUACAGGUGCAUCCGAGUCAACAGGUUCAACAAGGAGGAUCCAGUGAUCCUCCGUGCCUGCAGGGAGAGCGGAGUUCAGUACAGUGACCUGGGACUGCCCUAUGAAUUCACGCUGUGGGUGGAUCCUAGGGAGGUCUGGUGCAGGUACGGAGAGGAAAGUAUGGUCUUCUCAGUGGCCACUUUCUCCAGUGAUGAGAUACAGGAUAAACAUGUCGCCAAGAAGGUGAUCAGUACUUUGACAGACGUGACAUCAGACUACCACUCAGAUUCUUCCUCAGAAAAAGAGAGAACACUCACUCCCCCUCUCACCAUUGACACAGGCCACAGUUCCAAGGGAUUAAACCCAGAUGCUCCCGAGUGGUAUCCAAGUAAAACGGCACUUGCGGAAGAACUUCAGGGUCCCUCUUGA